GGAGACGAAGGGAGCAGGAGGGAGAUAGAGAGAGAAAGUCGCACGCCUUACUUCCUCUUCUCUCUCUUUCUCUCCCUCCCAAGUCUUAUCCCCUCCUCGUCAGUCAUAAAUUUCCGAGUACCCCAUCUUGGAAAAUUAGGGUUCCCUAUAGCCAAGCUCUGGAAUAAAAAUCCGAUUUUUUUUUCCCUUCCUCCCUUCGCUUCUCCGUGCACUCUUAGGAAAUCCCCUAUCUUUGGAUCAUUUCCAGCGCUGAUUUCUUUGUUUUUCUGUUCAAAUUCGGCUUCCCUUUUUCGCUUUUGGCUUGUUGUUCUCGUUGAUCGUCGGGCUUCCUGUAGCUCUCCACUGGAUUUUAGUCGGUUUGGGGUUUUUGUUGGGUCUUGUUGGAUUGGAUGGGCAUAGCGAUUCUAAGGUUUUUAAGCAGCUAAAUAAGAGAUUUUUUUUUUUCGUUUUGUAUUUUACUCUGUAAUUAAUGUAAUCGGUCCUCGUCUCUUUGCUUUCUCUUAAAAAGCUACUAUUUUGGUAUUUUGUUACUCUAUUGAUUCAUAAUUCCUAAAGCUCAGGACUUCGCUAAUUUUUUGGGAAACUAAUAAGGGCUUACUUGUAGUACCUGGUAUCUAUACCCGUUUCUGUUCUCGUAUCUCAUAUAUUUUCGCGUCAAAUACCGUCUUUUCUUCUGUUUACUGGGGUUCAAGCAACUGGGAAGUUAAUACUUUCGAAUAAUUUGUUAGUAGCUAUUGAUUUUAUUGAUAUUUUCCUUUCUUUAUGUAACUCAGUUUUUUUGAUCUGAAAUUGGUAAUCUUCCUCAUUUAUAUUUUCCCAUCAUUCUUUAGCUCCUAGUGUUUGAUAAUUCUUCACGAUGAAGCUAGUGGUUCAUGUUAUUGAAGCCCGUAACCUCCUGGCAAUGGAUCUCAAUGGCCUAAGUGAUCCAUAUGUAAAAUUACAGCUGGGAAAACAACGGGCGAAAACUAAGGUGGUGAAGAAGAACUUGAGCCCUGUAUGGGAUGAGGAGUUUAGCUUCCGAGUCGGAGACCUUAGUGAGGAGCUCACAGUUUGUGUUUUGGAUGAAGACAAGAUCUUCAAUGAUGAUUUCUUGGGGCAGGUCAAGGUGCCGUUGUCAAAGGUCUUGGAUGCAGAUAAUCUUUCACUUGGGACCCAAUGGUAUCAGUUGCAGCCCAAGAACAAGAAGUCUAAGAGCAAGGUUUAUGGAGAUAUUCGUCUCACAAUAAUUUUAUCUCAGAAAAGCACCGAUGAAAUACCCAUAGUCUCACAUUCUUGUUCUGAUGAUCAUGCAUCAAACUCAGAUAAGUCGACCGAAUUAACAAAAGGACUACCCCCACCAUCUUCCAAUGGAAAUUUGGAAAAAUCUGCUGUACCAGCAGUUAAUGACACAGAACCUGUCAACGAAGAAAAGUCCAAUGCACCGUCAUUUGUUGAACGUCUGUUUCAUUAUUUUACUGGGAAAAAUAUGGAGGCUGCAUUGCCUUCUAGCAGGGAUCUUGACUGCCCAGAAAACCUCCAAGAAGCAUCUGCAAGCCCAGAGAUUUCUGAAAGCCAAACUGAUGAUGCAUGCUCUAAUAUCACAUUUGAUGAAUUGCUGAAAACAAUGGAAUCAAAGGAUCAAGAAGUUGAAAUGCCUCGAAAUCUACAAGGAGGAAUACUUCUUGACCAAUCUUAUGUUGUUGCACCUGGUGAUCUGAACUCCCUUCUCUUUUCACCGAGUUCAAAUUUCUUGCAGUCACUUGCUGAGCUUCAAGGAACUACUGGUCUGCAAACUGAAUCUUGGAGACAUGCAAAUGGUGGAGAGAGCUUGAAAAGAGUGAUUACCUACACAAGAGCUGCGACGAAAUUAGUAAAGGCUGUGAAAGCUACAGAGGAGCAAACUUAUCUGAAGGCUGAUGGAAAAAAUUAUGCAGUUUUAGCGAGUACGAGUACUCCUGAUGCUCCCUUUGGUAAUUGUUUCCGGGUAGAGCUUCUCUUCUGCAUAAUGCCUGGGCCUGAUUCACCUUCUGAAAACCAAUCUUCACGUCUGGUGAUUUCCUGGGGCAUGAAUUUCCUCCAGAGUACUAUGAUGAAAAGUAUGAUCGAAAAUGGAGUAAAACAAGGCCUAAAGGAUGGUUAUGCCCAGUUUGCCGAUUUGCUUUCUCAGAAUGUAAAACCACUUGAUCAAAAGGACAUGGGGUCCAACAAAGAGCAGCUCUUAGCUUCUAUUGAAACUGAGCAGGAGUCAGACUGGAAGCUGGCAUUUCGAUUGUUUGGAAAUUUGUCUAUUAUAUCGUCUGUUUUUGUGGCCUUCUAUGUCCUUAUACAUAUCUUGCUUGCAAACCCUAGUAUAACACAGGGGCUUGAGUUUCCUGGCCUAGAUCUGCCAGACUCAAUUGGGGAAGUUGUAGUUUGUGGUGUUUUGGUUCUUCAAGGACAGCGUGUUCUUAAUAUGAUAGGACGCUUCUUGCAGGCCCGGAAUCAAAGAGGCAGUGAUCAUGGAGUCAAAGCGCAAGGAGAUGGAUGGUUGCUAACUAUUGCCUUGAUCGAGGGAAGCAAUUUAGCAGCAGUGGAUUCAACUGGUUAUUCUGAUCCCUAUGUAGUUUUCACCUGCAAUGGUAAAACUAAAACAAGCUCAAUAAAAUUCCAAACACUGGAACCUCAAUGGAAUGAAAUCUUUGAAUUUGAUGCCAUGGAUGAUCCUCCAUCAAUGAUGGAUGUAGAUGUGUAUGAUUUUGAUGGGCCUUUUGAUGAAGCUACAUCUCUUGGCCAUAUUGAAAUCAACUUUGUGAAAUCUAAUUUGUCAGAGCUAGCAGAUAUAUGGAUUCCUCUUCAAGGAAAGUUGGCUCAGGCAUGCCAGUCCAAGUUGCACUUGAGGAUUUUUCUGAACAACACACGGGGCACUGAAGUUGUCAGAGAGUAUCUCACGAAAAUGGAGAAAGAAGUUGGAAAGAAGAUAAAUUUGAGGUCCCCUCAGACGAAUUCUGCAUUUCAGAAGCUUUUUGGUCUGCCACCAGAAGAAUUUCUCAUCAAUGAUUUUACCUGUCACUUAAAGCGCAAGAUGCCUAUGCAGGGCCGCCUCUUUCUAUCUCCAAGAAUAAUUGGGUUUUAUGCAAACUUAUUUGGACACAAAACAAAAUUUUUCUUUCUUUGGGAAGAUAUUGAAGACAUCCAAGUGAUUCCUCCAACUUUGGCAUCAAUGGCUAGCCCAUCUCUUUUGAUAAUUCUCCGCAGGGGCAGAGGUAUGGAUGCAAAGCAUGGUGCAAGGACAGUCGACCAGGAUGGGAGACUUAGGUUUCAUUUCCAGUCAUUUGUAACAUUCAAUGUAGCCAACAGGACGAUCAUGGCACUGUGGAAGGCAAGGUCCUUGAGCACUGAACAGAAAAUGCAGAUUGUUGAAGAAGAAUCUGAAGCAAAAGCCCUUGACAGCGAGGAGAGUGGAUCUUUCUUAGGCAUAGAGGAUGCCAACAUGUCAGAGGUUUUCUCAUCUGCCAUUCCUGUUGCUAUGAACUCACUGAUGGAGAUAUUUGAAGGAACUUCUUUGGAGCGAAGGGUAAUGGAGAAAGUUGGUUGUGUUAACUACUGUAUAACAGCAUGGGAGGCAGUUAAGCCUGAUGUUUACCAGAGGCAAGUUCAUUAUAAAUUUGCCAAGAGUUUAUCUCGUUAUGGAGGUGAAGUAACUAGCACCCAGCAAAAAUCUCCGUUACCUGAUAGAAAUGGAUAUAUUGUUGAAGAAGUUAUGACGCUCCAAGGGGUUCUACUUGGUGACUGCUAUAAUCUUCAUUUGAGAUACCAGAUAGAGGAUCUUGGUCCUAAAUUGACGGCAUGCAAUGUUCAGGUAUACCUGGGGAUUGCCUGGCUGAAGAGCACCAAGAAUCAAAAGAGGAUAACAAAGAAUGUGAUAUCCAAUUCAUCUGCCCGAUUCAAGGAGAUGUUCAGUCAAGUUGAAAAUGAGUUCAUGAUGGGAAAGUAGAAAAUGAGUUCAUGAUGGGAAAGUAGAAUGAUUCUUUACACUGCUAUUUGCAGAUAUUUUUUUAAUACUCGCCAUACAAAAAUUUAGUGUGAAUAUCACCACGAAUUCUUAGCAUCAAACAACAGAUGAUAGCUAUUCAGAAGUUCGAUUCUUUCAGUUGGAAAGAAGCAACUUCAAAGGUUUGGUUGCAAGCCUGAGAAUUGAUUCUGAGCUCUAGAUUCUGAUUCUUGGUUAUUCAGGUACAAAAUAAAAGAAUAUCAAGUGCUUUAGACCAGCAGAUGGUAUCCUGAGUAAACCUGGGCAGACAACAAUGUUCUUCUGGAUGCACCUGGAAUAUCUUAUGAUGGAUCGCUUUCUGCAUUCUCCUGUCAAUUAGGGAACAUGGAAGGACUGGGGGCGUAUAGAAAGCAAAGAUGGCCAUGGUGAUGAAGUAUGAAGAAAUGCAAACCGUUUGGCUCGCCAAUAUGAUGGAUGUCAGGGUUUGAGGUGGUAAUAACUUGUGAACCAGCUAUCCAGAGAUAUUUCUUAGCUAACAUAAUUGCAACAAAAAUAUGAAAGAGAUGCUGGUUUCAUUGUGACUAUUCUGCCUUUCAGUCCAAUCAAGAAGUGGGAUAUUGUAUUCAGAAUUUUAGUUUUCUGAGAUCGAUUUCUUUUUUCCUAAUGUAGUUAUCGACAUAGCGUGCGGAAGUUGCAUUCAAUUUUCCUAAUUUGUAAACAUUGUGCAUGGUUGUUGAGCCUCUCAUUUUCUUCCUGAAUGCAUGCUGAAUAAAGGGGAUGAUUCUUGUUUUUUU